AUGACGAUCAAGGCCACACUCAGCCCAUAGGUGCGGUUGAUGCUGGUUUCCUCGUUUUUCCAAUCUUCACCAGUUCUUCACAUUUGCACGGGCUUCCCUGGGCUGGAGGCGGUCCAUGGCUGGAUUGGGAUCCCCAUCUUUUCCAUCUACCUGGCAGCCAUCCUAGGAAACGGCACCAUCCUCUAUGUCAUAUGGACGGAGCCCAGCCUGCACCAGCCCAUGUACUACUUCCUGGCCAUGCUGGCCACCAUUGACUUGGGUCUCUGCCUCGCCACGGCACCCACAGUGCUGGGCGUCCUCUGGUUCCAGCUGAAGAGGAUCAGCAAGGAAGCCUGUGUAGCUCAGCUCUUCAUCAUCCACUCCUUCUCCUUCAUGGAGUCAGCUGUGCUCUUUGCCAUGGCCCUGGACCGGUUCCUGGCCAUCUGCUCUCCUCUGAGGUACACAGCACUGCUGAACUCCAGUAGGGUGGCCAGAAUCGGGCUGGUCCUCCUGCUAAGGAGCACCUUGUUCCUACUGCCUCCUGUGCCUUUCCUCUUGACAUUCCCCUACUGCCCUAAUGCUGUCCUUUCCCACUCCUACUGCCUUCACCAGGACACCAUUCGUGUGGCAUGUGCCGAUACAACCUUCAACAGCUUCUAUGCCCUCAUCCUCAUCCUCCUGACCAUGGGUUCUGACCUGCUCUUCAUCCUCAUCUCCUACAGCCUGAUCCUAAGGACUGUCCUGGGCAUGGCCUCUGACAACCAGGGCCACCACAAGGCCCUGAGCACCUGUGUCUCCCACAUUUGUGCCGUUCUGGUCUUCUACAUCCCGGUGCUUGGGCUCUCCAUCGUACACCGGUUUGGACAGCAUGCACCUGCCCUCCUCCACGUCAUCAUGGGCAAUGUCUACAUCCUCCUGCCACCCUUGAUGAACCCCAUCAUCUACAGCAUCAAAACAAAGCAGGUCUACAGCAGGAUCCUCAGAGUGGUCAGGAAAUGCUGA